AGAAAAAAAAAAUACUCAAAAACCCAAAUCCCAAAACCCCUCUCCUCAUCCAGUUUCUCUUUACUACUUUUCACAGUGACCUUGAAGGUGUAAAACCCCAGUACCCAUUAUUGGGUCUUCAGGGUUGUAAAGAUUGAAUCUUUAAGUUCUUUUUACGAUGGCUGCUUUGUCUUUCAGCUUUUUUUCUACACUCUCCAGGCAGCAUCUGCAUUGGAACUUUUACCCAAAUUUGAAAGUAAUGCAACUUCAAGAUCUAAAACUUAAAAAUAGAUGGGUUCUAAUGGCAGUUUCAAAAGGAGGAACUACAGAGGGUAUACCUGAUGAAUUAUCGGAGACAGAGAUGGUUGGUGCUGGGAAAAAGACCGGCAGGACAUCAAAACAAGCUCCCGUUUUAUCUAGGCGAAAGAAAGUAGUUGAGUCUUCAAAUGAUGAGGAAGCGGAAAAUACUUCAGGGUCAAUUGAAGAACCCAAAAAAACCCAGAGACGAACCCGAAAGAAAAAAGACACAGUGGAGAGUUCGAUUGGUGAUUCCAUAUCCGAUGUGGAGGGUAAUGUCACUGAUGAAGACGCUGUAACGGAGCCAGAAUCAAGUGGGAAGCCCAAGAAAACCCGAAGAACCCGGAAGAAAAAAGAGAUAAAGGAGAGCUUAUUUGAGGAUUCCAUGUUAGGUGUGGAGGGCAAUGUGACAGAUGAGGAAGGCUCAACAACUUCAAGGUCAAGUGAAGAGCCUGUAGAAAAAAGAAAACGAACUGCAAAGAAAGCUGCUUCUAGCUCUAGUAGCCUGGAGAAAGAACCAACACAAAAGGCCACAAGGGGGAGGAGGAAGAAGGUUAGUAAUUUAGCAGAUGAAGGUAGCCAGUCAGAACUUAGUGAUAUUGAAGAAGAGCUACAUGUUGCAAAUGUUGAUGCCGAUAAUGAGGAAGAACUGGACUUUGAUAUAGAUGUUGGAGAGGAUAUUAGCUUCACGUAUGGAUGGCCACCCCUUGUAUGUUGCUUUGGUGCAGCACAGCAUGCAUUCGUUCCUUCAGGGAGGCCAUCCAAUAGACUUGUAGACCAUGAAUGGCAUGAAAGAAUGAAGGACGUAAUGUGGGAUCCUGAAAAGUUUAUCAGGGCUCCAGGGGGAUGUUCAAGUAAUGUUGCUGUGGCUCUUGCGAGUUUGGGAGGUAAAGUUGCCUUCAUGGGGAAACUUGGUGAUGACGAUUUUGGUCAGUCCUUGGUAUAUUUUAUGAACAUCAACAAAGUUCAAACACGAUCAGUUCGCCUUGACAGUAAAAGAGCAACUGCCAUUACACAUAUGAAGAUAGGUAAGAGAGGGGGCUUGAGGAUGACUACCACCAAACCAUGUGCUGAGGAUUCUUUAUUGAAGUCUGAGAUCAAUAUAGAUGUACUUAAGGAGGCAAAAAUGUUUUACUUCAAUACAUUCUCGUUGCUUGACCCAAAUAUGAGAUUAACCACAUUGCGGGCAACAAAGAUUUCGAAGAAGCUCGGAGGAGUUGUCUUUUAUGAUCUCAACCUUCCAUCUCCACUAUGGGAAUCAGGUGAAAAAGCCAAAACAUUCAUACAAAAAGCAUGGAAUCUUGCAGAUAUCAUAGAGGUCACGAAACAAGAGUUAGAGUUUCUCUGUGGAAUAGAACCCUCCGAGAAGUUUGACACCAAGGAUAAUGACAGGUCUAAGUUCACUCACUAUCCACCAGAAGUUAUUGCUCCACUUUGGCAUGAAAAUUUAAAGAUUUUGUUCGUGACUAAUGGGACUUCUAAGAUUCAUUACUACACCAAGGAGCAUAAUGGUUCUGUUCUAGGGUUGGAAGAUGUGCCUCUUAGCCCUUAUACUUCUGAUAUGUCUGCAUCUGGAGAUGGCAUUAUUGCAGGUAUCAUUAGAAUGCUGACAGUUCAGCCUCAUCUUAUGACCGAUAAAGAUUACUUGGAACGAACUUUGAAGUAUGCUAUUAGCUGUGGUGUAGUAGAUCAAUGGCUACAGGCGAGGAGAUUAGGGUAUCCACCUAAAGAAGGUAUGGAAGAUGACGUGGUCCCAGACGACCAUGGCAUAAGGUCAGUAACAGAGAGGGAAUACAGAACACUAGUUCCUGUAAGUUGAUGGUUUAUAUGCCUUGUAGCCCAUUAUGCUUGUGUUGCCAUGAAAUGCUAGAUGCUCUGUCUCCCUUGGAAAGUUGAAAGUCUUGGUGUUGGAAAUGAUUCUUUCUGGCAUCACUGUGAUUGUAGCUGUAACUGCUCUCUUACACGAUCUUUUUUGAGUUUUGGAACAUCGUGGUAUCGGAGAAAUCAUACAGAGGGAAACACUUCACUAAUUCCAUAUUCCCUAGGCUUUCUUAAUGUAAUAUUUGUACUAUUUUUUGACAUAUUGGAGAAAUUUAGAUCAUUUACCAGCAUAAAAUGCAUUGCAUUUGUUGUAUACCAUCGACCAAUAUCAUGUCAUCUCCUUUUUGUUA